AUAUAUAUAAUAGUAGUAUAUUGUUACUUGCAAUAUAUCAAUAGGUUUAAAAUUUAAAUUUUUAAUUUUUGUAUAUAAUACGUAGAAAAAAUGUAAAAUUUUAUCAUUAAAUUUUAUUUUAAUAAAUGUAAUUAAAUAAAUAAUUAUAUAAUAAUUAUUUACUAACAGUUAAUGCGAUGUCAUUAAAAAAUGUAUUGAGUAGAAGACUUUACCCUAUAACGGAUUUAUCUGAUAAAUAGAUUCUCAUUGUGAAGGUCGAAAGUGAUCUAAUAUAUAUAAUCUAUAUUGAAAACUCAAUUACUUCAUAUCAAAUAUGGCGCAAAUGAUGAUACCUAGAAUUGGGCUCUUAUCCAUUAAAAAUAAUAGUCGUGUAGUACCUCGAAUUUUCGUGCCGUUAAAAUAUCAACGAUUAUGUUUCCAUACAAGUUGGGUUUUCGAUGUUCAAGGAAAGAGUAUCUUAAUGCCUUCCUUGUCACCUACUAUGGAAAAAGGUACCAUUGUGAAAUGGUUCAAAAAGGAAGGUGAUAAGAUUGAAGCAGGAGAUGCGGUUGCUGAUAUUCAAACUGACAAAGCAGUCGUUACUUUAGAAUUAGAAGAUGAGAGUAUUCUUGCAAAAAUCAUUAUAGGAGAAGGAAUUCAAGAUAUCAAAGUAGGAACAUUAAUAGCACUUACAGUUGAUGUAGAUGAAGAUUGGAAAUCUGUGGAAAUGCCAGAUAUUGUUUCAGUUGCACCACCUGUAACUGCAUCUUCAAUUAUUGGUUCUCCAUCAUCACCAACAUCUCCUCCAUCAUCACCAAUAUCUCCUCCAUCACCAACAUCUCCUCCAUCACCAACAUCUCCUCCAUCACCAACAUCUCCUCCAUCAUCAUCUCCUCCAACUAUGCCAGUUCAAGGACCUCCUGGACAAACAAAUAUUGGUAUGCCAGCACUUUCACCAACAAUGACUUCAGGUACGAUAGUAAAAUGGCUUAAAAAAGAAGGAGAAAAAAUAGAACCUGGCGAUGCAGUGGCUGAAAUUCAAACAGACAAAGCUGUCAUGACUUUUGAAAUCGAGGAUGAAAGCAUAUUUGCAAAAAUACUUGUUCCUGAAGGAAGUCAAGUAGAAGUAGGAGAAUUAAUUGCCAUUACAGUAGAAAAGGGAAUGGAUUGGAAAAAUAUUGUAAUUCCAAAAAUAACAAAACCUACUACUGCUCCUGGAGUUGCUCCUGAAGCUGUUCCAACUGCUCCUCCUGUAGGUGUUCCAGCUCCUUCUGUUGCUACUCCACCUGCACCAAGUGGACAAGUAUAUGGUCUUGCAGUAAGACGAUUAUUGGAAGAAUAUGGAUUGAAAGCAGAAGAAAUUAAAGGUACUGGUCGGCCUAAUCGAUUACUAAAAAGUGAUGUUUUAAGUUAUAUUCAAACAAAGAAUAUAAAAAAAGUUGCACCAAAAACAGCACCUCCGCCUAAAGAUCAAAAGCCUGAUAUUCCUGUAAAGAAACAUGUACCCAGUGGUGUUCCUUCCACUUAUCAAGAUAUUCCAGUUUCUAAUAUACGCAGUGUCAUUGCUAAAAGACUUGGAGAAUCAAAAAGAACUAUCCCGCAUUCUUAUGCGACUAUAAAUAUUAAAAUUGAUAAAAUAAAUGAAAUUCGUAAGGAACUCAAAGCUGAUGGUAUUAACAUUUCAAUAAACGAUUUCAUUACAAAAGCAACUGCACAUGCACUAGUUGAAUGUCCAUUUAUAAAUACAUUAUAUAAAAAUAAUCAAAUAAUUCAAAUGCCAAGAGUUGAUAUUUCUAUCGCAGUUGCUAUUGAAUCAGGACUUAUUACGCCAAUUGUUUUUGAUGCUACAGCUAAAAGUGUACUGGAUAUUUCGAAAAAUAUAAAAGAAUUAGCUGAAAAAGCUAAAACUGGUCGAUUAAAACCGGAAGAAUUUCAAGGAGGAUCAUUCACAAUAUCCAAUUUGGGAAUGUUUGGUAUUAAGCAAUUCAGGGCCAUUAUAAAUCUUCCUCAAACAGCAAUAUUAGCAGUUGGAAGUGGUCAAGAAGAACUAAAUGCUACAUUACAAAAAGUAACAAAAAUGUCAACAUCCUUAUCGUAUGAUAGACGAGCAAUUGAUGAAGAUCAAGCAGCCGACUUUUUGGCUGUUUUAAAAGCUAUGUUGGAAGACCCAUCUUUUCUUAUUGCAGGAAGAUUACGAGCACUAAGGUACGCACAGGACUGAUCUUUAAUUAAACAUUAAUUCUGAGAAACUUACUGACAUAAUUUAGAUUUCAAUUUAAAUUAUAGUUUUCUUUGUUAUAUUAAUUUUCUAAAAAUAGAUCUGAAGAAUUCAUAAUUUCAUUUGAAAAUAAAUUAUAAGUAAUAAGAUUAAAUUUUAAACCAUUUAUAAAUUCAUAGCUUUUAUUAUGCUUUAAAAGUUAUACAUAUAAAAUUUGAUGUAUGAAAUUAUUUAAAAAAUAAUUUUAAAUAUUUUAUUUUAAAGUUUAAAAUCGUAA